ACGAGCUAAUGGUCGUCAGAAAAAUCGCUCUGGACGCUCACGAGAAGGACACAACUGUCCUCGCCAAACGGGCCGAAGUUCUAAAGACGAGCAAUUUCCCUCUUCUCAUAGGAACUACUCUAUGUUCCUCGGGCUGAUACACUCUGAUACCUCGAGCAAUUCCGUGAAACAGAUUGCUGAGUAAGACGGUGGUCGUUGUCUCACUGGGCUGUGCAAACUCGUCAAACGAACGCUGAGUCAGGGCCGAUAAUGCUUAGGUAUGUCGACGACGAGCGCGUAUAAAGCCGCGAGUGGGAAAGGCCCAAACGCACAGAUCGCGUUUCCGAACGGCCAAAGCUUCCAACGACAUGUCCAAGAAAAUUGACGAGCAAAAGCAGAACGUUGUCAUUGUCGGCGGAGGCUAUGCCGGCGUCGAUGCCGUAAAUGCCCUCGCGAAGCAGCUCGACCACACACAGUACAACAUCACCCUGCUCAAUGCGCGACCGUACUUCGUGCACCUCCUCGCCGUGCUGCGGAUGGGCGUUUCCGACGCUGGGCGGCUCGAGGACAGAGUGCUCGUGCCGUACGACCGCAUGCCGGCGACCUUUGUUCAGGGCAAGCUCGUGAAGAUCGAGGAACCUGCUCCUGGCAAGGGUGGUGUCCUCGUUCUCGAGAACGGCGACCGGCUUAACUAUGCGGCCCUCGUCCUCGCGACGGGCUCCAUCUGGCCAGGCGUCGCCGACCUUGAAGAUUCAGACAAGGAGGUGCGCGAGACUAUCAAGCUCUGGCGCGAGAGGUUCGCCCAGGCGAAGAAUGUGGUCAUCGCGGGCGGUGGUGCGGUCGGUAUUGAACUUGCCGGCGAGAUUAUCGACGCGUAUCCGAACACCAAAGUCACGCUUGUUCAUAGUGGCACGCGACUGCUGAACGACGUGUACCCGGACAAAUUCCGGAAGAGCAUGGAGCAGAAGGUUCUCUCCCGGGGGGUUACCCUUAUAAACCAGGACUACAUCGACGUCUUCCCUGAGCCUCUCCACACUACCGACAUUGUCACGCGCGGGGGCAAGACGAUCAAGGGUGUUGACCUUGUGAUCCAGGCCUUUGGCUCGAAGCCUAACACAGGCGUCAUAAACACGCUCGGUUCGGAUGUGCUCACCGAGGCCGGCUACGUCAAGGUGAAGCCGACACUCGAGUUGCAGAGCCAUCCGGGUGUGUAUGCCGCGGGCGACAUCAUCGACUGGCGCCAGCAGAAGCAGGCUGGCAAAACUGGGGGCUAUGCGUCCAUCAUCGCGCCGAACAUCGUCAGUUUCCUCAAGGGCCAGCCCCAGGAGAAGGUCUACAAGGGUACGUCAGAGAAGAUUGUCAUCACCUUCGGAAGAUCGCAUGGCGCGUCAUACUUCGAUUUCCUCUGGGGCAUCAUGUUAGGCAACUGGCUCACCAGCGUGAUCAAGGGGAAGGAUCUUAUCACGAACAUGGUACGUGGAAGGCUCAAGUACUGAAUGCUAGUAUUGCGUUCGCAUCUGUUCCGCAUCCCUUACUUGUCCACAUCGUUCUGUUUCACUUGUUUACAUUUUGUAGUUCCUCUCAAAUAUUGUGCGAUCAGUGUACCGUUUGUGCUCGAUACCACUCACCGAUGACGUGACUCUUCGGAUCCCACCUAUGCAGUCUGCAGAAGAGCAAGAAACC